UAACAGUAGGGUAACGAAUCACAAUCAUUCGAGCUCCAAAUUGACAUUGACAAACAGGGAAGUUUCGUUACCUUCCUUUCGUUACAGAAGCUUUAGCGAUAAAUACACUACAUAUGCAGAUGGAUUUACCGUUGGAGGCCAAGAAACUGCAUGCAGAACUUAUUAACAAAAUCAGUGGUCAUUUACACCCUAGUAUGGAACUGGAAUAUGGCCAGUUUUUAAACUCAUUGUCUGUUCAUCUCAUGCCUGCGGAGAGGUGUCCAACUCACAGUCUCUUUAAACUACUGGAGAAUUUAUCAAGGAAGGGGAAAUUUGGUGUAGGCAAUUACGAUAUUCUGAAGUCUUUGAUAACAGAUCCAGAGAUUCUGUUUAUUAUACAGAACUAUGAACAAAAAAUAAAUGAGAUUCUAUAUCCAGACAAAGUGGGACAGUCCUCAGGUUCCACCGAGACAGACAGCUCCGCUGAUCCACUCAGACUGACCGAGCAGGACCUCCAGCGUCUGGCAUCAUGCUUCGGCAGUGGUUGGGAGAUGUUUGUUGGACAGCUGGGGGUAGAUAGUGCUACAGUGGAGCAGAAGAAGAUAGAAAACCCUACACAUAUGCCUAGCCAGGUGUACAACUGUCUAUUGUUCUGGUACAGGCAGGGUCGCACACGGCCCACCAUCACCAGCUUUCACCAAACUUUACAAGAUAGCCUUGACUUCUGUUCGGUUAACAUGGACAAAUAUGAAAAAUUAAAAACAGAUAUAGAAAACAGACGCAUAUAAAUCUGCUUGUGUGUCUAUAGGUAAUGAACAAAGAUUGGUUUAUAUUGACAAUUAUAAAAUAAUGUGCAUUGAAGCUUGACCAUGGACAGAUAUGUAAUGGUUACAUACAUAGACUGGUAGCGAGGAUGGCCAGAUUAGGUGAAAUCAUUAUAGUAUUAUAUGAUAUACUGUUUUACCAUCCCAUGAAGUUAUAAAGCACAUGACUACAAUGUAUUGUAUAAUAACACUGUGAUAUGACAGAGAUACUUGAUGUCGUACUUUUGUCUUGGUUGUUAAACGCAUGCAUCUGACAAACGUCGUUAAAGAGAAUCAUUGAAUAUAAUUCUGUAUAUGUAUUUAUUCAUUUUACAACAAUAAGAAAAAAGAUAUUUA